AUGAUUGGUCUGGCAACUAUAAGCUAUUUCAAGAAUCAUGCGGUUUCCUACAUGAACAGGAAUUACUCCACCAAUACCAAGCUCGGGUUCCAUCCUAGGGUGAAUUCCGUGAUUUCCCAAUUGAACAUGAUUGCACCAAGAUUCUUGUUGAAGGAUGAUGAAAUUGAUAUCUUAACGGAACCAAAAGAUUUUUACAACCAGCUUAAAGAAAAAAUUUCCAGUGCAGACGAGCGGAUCUUUUUGUCUUCAUUGUACAUUGGGAAAACCCAACAUGAGUUGAUUGAUUGUUUGUCACAAGCCUUAGAAGCAAAACCCAAUUUAAAGUUACAUAUAUUGAUCGAUUAUUUGAGAGCCACCAGAGAAUACCCAAAUCCAUCAUCAUUGACAACCGUCUCCACUUUAUUGAAGAAGUUCGGGAACCAUAGAGUUGAUAUCAGAUUAUAUCAUACCCCAAAAUUGAGUGGGAUGUCAGAAAAAAUUGUCCCAAAAAGAUUCAAUGAAGGCUUUGGGUUGCAACACAUGAAAAUAUACGGAUUCGAUGACGAAGUUAUAAUAUCCGGUGCUAACUUGUCCGAGGAUUACUUCUCUAACAGACAAGAUAGAUAUUAUGUUUUCAAGAAUGUUAAUUUGACGGACUAUUUCUUCAAUUUGGGCAAGCUUAUCAGUCAAUUAAGUCAUAAAGUCUCAUACCUCCCCCACAGAGACAAAAUAUUGAUUGACUGGCCAACAAAAAAUUUGACUGCCGACCCAAAACUCAACCUAGAAAGAUUUUUAGUGGAAACCACUCAUUUGCUUGAACCCAUCCUUCAUGGUGAAAGAGUGGCACAUUAUGAUAACGAUGAAUAUCAAAAGAUUAUUGAAAAGGAUUUACAAAUCAAAGAAAUCGAAAACAAAAAAUUUGCCGAGGAUCCAGAAUACAACGACAGAAAUACCAUCGUGUUCCCAGUCUCACAGUUAACACCAUUGUUGAAACCUGAUAUUUCUACCGAAAAACCGGCAAUUCUUAGACUUUUAUCGUAUUUGGAUUCCUCUACUGUCAGUUGGACUUUCACCGCGGGAUAUUUCAAUAUGGAACCAGAAAUUAAAAGAAGACUUCUAACGGCAACAUCCAAAUCAGGCGAAGUUAUCACCGCAUCACCUAAGGCCAAUAGUUUCUUCAAAUCAUCUUGGCCUUCAAAGUAUAUUCCUCCAGCUUAUCUAUAUCUUUGUGAACAGUUUCUCAGAGAAGUCAAUGGACAAGAAAAGGAAAAUAACAUUAAGGUCAAGGAAUGGGAAAAAGGGGUUGUCAACACUGAAAAUGGCUGGUCAUAUCACGCCAAAGGGAUUUGGAUAAGUGAGCCUGAUGAAACCAUCCCAUCGAUCACAGUUAUUGGGUCUUCAAAUUACACUAAAAGAUCAUACUCUUUGGACUUGGAAACUAAUGUGGUAUUGAUUACCAAGGACGAAAAAUUGAAGCGCAAAAUGCAGUCAGAAAUAGAUAAUAUAAAUCAGCACACUAGAGAAUUGUCCAUAAAAGAUUUUGAAGACAAUAAGGACCCUGACAGAAAUAUUUCUUGGGGGGUCAAAAUCCUUGCAAAAAUCUUCGCUAAUAGACUAUAG